UCUCUCUCUCUCUAUACCCCUUUCAUACUCCUCCCUCUCCCUCCUCCUCCACGAGCGAUUCGAAUCCUCCAAACCCUAACUCCAUAUCCGCUCUAGGGUUAGAAUCUGGGCUUCGUCGGAGAUGUCGCAGGGCGAGAAGUUGAUCCCCAACUUCGAUCCUCAGGUCAUCAAAGAGCUAAAUCUCACCGUGCUACGGAGAAUCGACCCCUUCGUCGAGGAGAUCCUUUUCAUCGCCUCUCACGUAGCCCUCUACGUGCUCAAUGUCGAGCUCAUGCAAUGGAGACGCAAAGAUGUCGAUGGGGCGCUCUUUGUCGUCAAGAGAAAUAACCAAGCCAGGUUUCAGUUCAUUGUCCUGAAUCGGCGCGGGCCAGAUAAUCUGGUGGAGGAUCUUUUGGGAGAUUUUGAGUAUGAAGUUCAGGUUCCUUAUUUGUUCUACAAGAAUGCAGCCAAAGAAAUAAAUGGCAUAUGGUUUUACGAUCCAGAUGAGUGUCAGGCUGCUUCUAAUCUUUUCAGAAG